GUUGGUGUAGUUACCAUAAAAAAGCCUUAUUUUUUGUAUAACCUUAUAUAUAUACCGGUAACUGUGACAGCCCUACAGUUAUUACAUUUGUUUGCAGAUUUAUUUACGCCCAGCGGUUGGAUAAAAUGGAGAGGGACUGCAUCGACACUGCAGAAAAAACCAAGCCGGCGUCGCCUUUGAGGAAAAAUAUUAAUGAAGAAGCAGCUAAUUCACCGAUCUGUGGUGCUACUGAUGUGGCGAAGGCCAGGUGGACUCUGCUGAGACAGGUGUUGCGUCAGAAGCAGACGGACGCUCCAGAGGUCAAACAGGUGUCUGUCCGCAGGUUUGCAACGUUUGACCUUUUCAGCAGGAAGAGGCUUCUGACUCAAGACCCCAGUGAUACCUCAGACGACCAGUGGGUGGAGUACAGAAGUGUCUUCUUUCCCGAGUACAGUGCCUUGCUCAGGGACAACAUGGGGCCUAUCCGAGUUAACGAAGUGCUCAACAGUUUUGACAACACCGGUAAUGUCUCUGGAGUCGUGCUUGGCCAGAUGGGUAACUGAGUUCCUGACUUGGCCGGUGGAUUAGCACAGCCGGAGAUGAGAGCAUAAAGCAGACCAUGGUGCCACGGACAUUUGUGUUUGCCAACUGAGGCUGAAAUACUCUCUCUCUCUGGACAUGGAGAUGCCUGGUCAUAAUUG